AGAAACAGCAUGUCAUCCAUUGGCAAGCAGCUGUCUUCCAUCAGCUGUACAGGCAAGAAGCCACCAUCACCCUACCCUGACAUGAGACUGGUUUUGCUUGGGAAGACUGGCAGCGGAAAAAGCUCUACUGCCAACUCCAUCUUGGGCCGUAAGGUCUUUGAGUCAAAGGUUGGCAGCUCCUCUGUUACCCAACGCUGUCGCAGGGUCUCUGGAGAAUUUCGUGGGCGACGCCUGACACUCCUGGACACGCCGGGGCUUCUGGACACUUCUCAGACUCCACAGGAGGUUCAGAAGGAGUUGAGGAGGAGUGUUAGCCUCCUAUACCCAGGGCCCCAUGUGCUCCUUCUUGUUAUUCGGAUUGGGAGAUUCACUCAGGAAGAGAAGGAGGUGGUGCGGCAGAUCAAACAGGCAAUGGCUUCUGAUGCUUUGAAUUUCUCUGUGGUGGUUUUUACCCAUGGAGACCUUCUGGAAGAAGGGACAUCAGUGAAGCAGUGUCUGAUCGACGGGUGCAAGGAUCUGGCUGAUCUGGUGGCCGGAUGUGGGGGCAGGUACUGUGUCUUCAACAACCAAAGCAUCAAGAACAAGGAGCAGGUAUAUGAGCUGCUUGCUUUAGUGGACAGCAUGAUGCAGGGAAAUGCAGGAAUGUUCUACAGCAUUAAGAUGCUCCAGAAAGCAGAGGAGGACCUGGCUCAGGAGCUGCAGGAGGAGUGGAGGCUGCUGAAAGAGAAGGAGGAGCUUUUAAAAAAGAAGCAAGAGGCAGAAAUACAAGAGUUGUAUGAACAAAAGCUAGAGAUGGUUCAGCAAAAAAACAAGAGGGAGAUGGAGGAGCUGAGGAAAAAACAAGAGCUGGAGAAGCAGGAAGAGGAGAAACUGGCAAGAGAUCGGGAGGAGGCCUUUCGACGAGAGAUGGAGGAGAGUGACAAGAAGGAGAAGGAGAGGCGGAUACAAGAGAUGGUGAGAGUGAUGGAGAUACGUAGAGAGGAGGAGGAAAAGAGGGAUGCUCUCCAAGAAAAGCUUGACAAAGUUAUGAAAAAGCUGGAGGAGCAGGCGGAGCGGGAAGAGAAAAUAAGAAGAGAGAUGGAGGAGAAGAUCCAAAAGGACAGAAUAGAAAAUGAAAAGAAGGAGAGAGAGAGGGAACUGAAGCAAACACAGAAAGAGCAUGCCAUGAGGCAGAGUGAGGAAAUGAAGAGAGACGCUUUGCAGAAAGAGCUGGAUAAACUCACCCAGAGCUUGGAGGAUCAGAUCAGGAAGGAGGAGGACAGGAAAAAGCAAAUGGAGAACCUGCUCAGACGUGAGAGGGAGGAGAACCAGAGAGAAAGGGACAUACAGAUGGAGAACCAGAGAGCGGAGAAAAGGAGAACCAUGGCCCUCAUGCAGGAGCUAAGACUCAUCAGGAUGAAAGUUGAGCAACAAAAAGCGAGCAAAGACAAUCUCAAGAGACAGGUGGAGGAGGACCUGCGGAGGGAGAGGGAAAAGUGUGACAGAGAAAUUUCUUUGUUGAAAAAGCAGUGCGGAAAAAAGUGUUCAGAGCCGUGCAACGUGACAAUGGAGAAGAAAUCUGCAGAGAGACACAGCACAGUGACAACUGUGACUGGAUAUAUGCAGGAAAUGGGACUGAUGGGACUAAACGCAGCUUUAGAGAGUGUUGGAGCUCCCUGCUGUAUACAGUAACAACAUGAAGAUUUCUAUAGUGGAUUUAUUAUUUUACAGGACAAAUGCAUUCAUUAUAACAGUACCUUUUUUAUGCAUAUGUGUAUUAUGACCUUACUAACUACUAAUUAUUCAGGAAUGUAAAGGUUCAAUAUGUUAUGACUGAGAAUUAUUAUUAGAUUCAACCAUUAACUCACAGUUGGAAAAUGAAAGGAAAUUAACAUGAAAGCAUUUCAUUUCAACAAAUGGAUUUAAUUCCAUUGCGUCCUAAAUCAGCAAAUGCACCAAAAUAGUACAAACUCUCCAAAUGAUGGAGAUAAUCUGAUUAUCAACUCCCCGCCCUCUGCUUCGGACUCUCUGUCUCUGUCUCCAUCAUCUAAAUCUGUAUUCAAACAAAACCCUGUUGCCAUUAAUAAAGAUCAAAUAUUACUUGAGUGCUAUUUUAGUGUGCCUCACUGGUGCUCCAACUUCAGCUGAGCCAUCUGGUUCUGGCCCCGACCAAAAAGUCUGCUUUAAUCCUGCAGCAUGUCCUGUGUGUGCGUGUGUGUGCGUGUGUGUGUGUGUGUGUGUGUGUGUGUGUGUGACAGAGAGAGCGAG